GAUGUUUGACUGGGUGAAAAGCACUGGUCUGGAUACAUCAGAUAUUCAGGUCAAAGUUGCUGCAACUGAGGAUCUGGCCAAAGGGGAACUUGGGCUAGUAACCACAGCACCACUGGUAGCAGGGGAUAUCCUUGCUUGGGCACCCACUUCACUGCUAUUGAACAAGGAUAAGGCAGUUGAUCUUUGGGGAGCAUUGGUGGAAGAUUUGUCCGACCGCCUUGCGUUGAUUCUUCUCCUGGUGCAGGAGCGCUUCUUGCACGGCACUGCUUCGAAGUGGCACGUCUACAUGCAGAGGCUGCCAGACUUCAACGGCGAUGUUUCGGGUCCCAGCUUUCUUUGGUCAGAGGAGGAGAUCUCCUUGCUACAGGGAAGUGAUGGAUAUGGCGCAGCUCUUGCAAUGUAUAACACCAUUGUUGAUGAAUAUGAGUGGCUCAAUGAGAAUCUUUUCCUAAAGCAUCCAGAUACCUUUCCAGCUGAGACCUUCAGCUUCAAAAAUUACUUGUGGGCUGCAGCCAAUGUGGCCUCCAGGGCAUAUGGGGACGACCCAUCAGGAACUCAUCUUUGUAUCGCACCACUGGUUGAUUUUCUAAAUCACAAAGCCGGCGCUUUGCAGCUCACACGCUUCGGCAAUGGCAUUGUAGCCUAUGCGCACAAGAACUAUGAAGCUGGCGAGCAGGUUUGGGUAAGCUAUGGUGGGAAGAGCAAUGCUGAGAUUUUGUCUCAGUAUGGAUUUGUUGAUCCUGAUAACAGCCAGGAGGCAGUAUACAUCAGAGUCGGAGAGCAUCUACCUGUAAAGUCCAAUGCACAGCUCGAACUCAUCAGCCAGUUGCUUGAAGAUCAGGAUCCCGCCACUGCGAUCUUUCGCAUCUCGCGAAAGCCCCGAGAGUGGGAACCAAAGUUGAUGCCAGUCUUGAGAAUUCUGGCAAAGAAAGAUGACUUGCCACAAGACGCAGAAGAGAUGAUUCCUCGACAGGAACCAGAACUAGAGGCAUCUGCGUAUGAAUUGCUGCAGCAAGGUUUGAAGACGCGAGAGAAUGAAUAUCCAUUCUCUCUUGAAGAGGACAAGAAGCAGCUCGACAAGCUGGAGAAGGACCCCCCUGCCGAUGCUAUUGGUGAUCGAUUGACCCUGGCCUUAAAAUUACGCAUCUCAGAACAAGAGCUGUUGGAGCUUGUGAUGGCAUAUGCUGGUGACCAGGCGUUGCGUGCCAAAGCCUAAAAGGGCUUGCAGG